AUGGCUGUAGAAGGCGAUGCAUCGCCGCGUCAGCCGCCACAUGUGAAUGGGUCGGGACGAAACGGGUCAGAGGGGAGCGGAUCCGCAGAAGAGGCGCCACUCGAUUCGCAGGCGUUAGAGCGGGAAGAGAAGCAAGUGUCGGGUGACAAAGCGGACACGCAAGGUUCAGGGGAAGCCGUGAAGGCAGCAGAGCGGGCAGAGCGGGAAGCAGGUGACGCUGCAGUGCGGACGGACAGUCACGGCCAGCGGCCGACGGAGGCUGCUGCUGCUGGAGCUGGCGAUGCGCACGCGGCUUCUGAGUCGCCCCGAAAGGCCGCUGCUGGCGAUGCUCAGGCAGCAAUCGAGUCGCCUCGAAAGUCCGGUAGUGCUGGCGCUGGCGCUGGUCAGGCAGUGCCUCGUGGCGGCGACGCCACGGUCAUUGCUGAAGCAGACGGUGAGCAGCCGUCGCAGGCGAGCAGCCGUCGCAGGUGGGCAGCCGUCGCAGGUGAGCAGCCGUCGCAGGUGAGCAGCCGCGCAGGUGAGCAGCCGUCGCAGGCGAGCAGCCGUCGCAGGCGAGCAGCCGUCGCAGGCGAGCAGCCGUCGCAGGCGAGCAGCCGUCGCAGGCGAGCAGCCGUCGCAGGCGAGCAGCCGUCGCAGGCGAGCAGCCGUCGCAGGCGAGCAGCCGUCGCAGGUCGCCAAGCCCCCGUCGUAGCUCCCAAUCUGCCCCGCUAA